AUGUCCAGCUCUUCCACAAGACCAGUGGUCAUUUCGGGUCCAUCGGGCACCGGGAAAUCCACCCUUUUGAAAAAGCUCUUUGCAGAGUACCCCGAGAAAUUUGGGUUUUCCGUGUCCAACACCACGAGACAACCGAGAAGCGGCGAGGUGGACGGCAAGGACUACCAUUUCUCCACGGAGGACGAGUUCAGGAAACUUGUGGAGGAAGGGAAAUUCAUCGAGUGGGCCCAGUUCUCGGGCAACUACUACGGCACCACCGUCAAGGCCGUCGAGGACGUUUUGGCCCAGGGCAAGAUUUGUCUUCUUGACAUAGACAUGCAAGGAGUCAAGUCGGUGAAAAACACCGAGCUCAACGCGAGGUACUUGUUUAUAAGCCCCCCUUCAAUCGAGGAGUUGAGAGCCCGAUUAAACGGCAGAGGCACCGAAACCGAAGAGAGUUUAGCCAAGAGGAUCGGAGCAGCUGCGAGUGAGAUGGAAUAUGCGCAAACGGGAGCUCACGAUUUGAUCAUUGUCAAUGACGACUUGGACAAGGCAUACGCCGAGUUUAGAAAUUUCAUCUUGGAGGAAUAG